AACAGUUCCUCCCCAGAGACGCACGCUCGUCUCGCGUUUCCAAAUGCGUGUCGCACUCGAACCAAUCAAAUUGAACCAAAGAGCCAAUCAGAACAUGGUAGCAAAUUUAAAAACAGCACCCAUGUUUUCAAACCAGCAUUCUGGCGUUGACUGUUGUUUGGUAAAGUUCUUGCUUCAUGCUUCAUCUAUAAAUUGCAGAACAACGCCUUCUGAUCUCAAUAUCGUGCAGUUUUACUUUUCUGCGUUUAAACAAAAUGUUCAUGUCAUUUGUGUUUAUUGUGCUCGUAGCUUUCGUCGCUCAAAGCGACUCCGUUUCGUCCCAUGGUGGGAUAUUUGGGAAGAAACGCAAUAAACUGGUAAGUUGAUUAACCAACUUGACGUAUCCUAGAUUGAUAGCUGCUCCACAGUCUUGACACUCUUGUAUUCAACGAGAAGUACUUCGUCUAAUUACUUGUAUAAAAGUAUAUUUUGAAUGAUUGUCUUAUUUAAUCUUAUAAUAUUAGACUGUAUUUACUCGGGACUGGAAGAUUACAGUCUACAUAAUCGUAUACGCAAUGUUUCGGAAUCCACUUGUUCACGCAGUAAUUGUGCAGUUAGCUGUCCUAGAAUUCGUCUGAUUUCAUGUGUUCAUACGGUGGAAUCGUGCAAGUUUGAGAACGAUUUGAAUUUGUCAGUAUAAAUUCUCCCUACCUCAUGGUUGAGGAAACGUAAACUGGUGAUCAACCGCAGCUUAUCAGACUGAGAGUUCUUUACUUUACAAGCAUCAUUCGUGUCAACACUGGUGAAUUUGAGCACUAAUUCGCUUUCUGAAAACCAUAAUUGAAAUUAAUUUUGUUCAACGACCCGCAGUUUCGGAGCAAGUUCGUGUCGAAGUUUAAAUUCAAAAUCCGUUGAGAUUCUAUGAAGUCGAACAACGCGAACGUAGAAGCAAAAGCAUUGCUAUCAUGAUAAUGAUCCUAGAAUGAGGAAGUGUUUUAUACUGGUUUUAUAGAAUGCGUGAAUUCGUGUUGUGCUUCAGAGUCUAACGAUUUAUACUCAUCACCAUCGUCCACGAAUAACUUAAUUAAUUUAAAAGUUACACAAUUAACUUUAAUUUAAACCACUUCCAAUUUAUUACAUAUGUUCCUGUUUUUAAACGAUUAGCGCCACAUAUAUAGAUGUUUUCUCGAUAUAUUUGAAUGUUAUGAGUAGAGUGUUGGUUUUAAUAAUUUACCUUUGGGAUUACAUGAGAUUUAUAGAAUGUCAUGAGAUUAUAAGCUGAACAACGGGACUCCUGGCAUCGCAACAUGCAAAUUCGAUAGCCAAAUAGAGUAAUAUAUGUUGUUCAGUGAACAAACAAAACUAGUUUUUUUAUAUUAAUUGAACAACUAUAUACACUUGCUCAACGUACGUUCAGUCAUUCAUUUGCGCAUUGUCAUUGAACACUAAAAAAAUCUAUUUGUCAUUUGAAUUGAACAAUUAUUUAUACAGCUACACGUUUAUGGCACAAGUUAUUAAAAAGCCAGACCGUCUCUGUCAAAGUUGUUUGCUCAGUUUAGUGAAUGAUAUGCGUAUGGUAUUCAAAUUAGCUGCGCGCAUCAUGGUGCUAUUCACGUGAUAUUCAAAUUAACUGCAUGAAUGGCAGAACGAUAUCCAGGCUUAGUCUACUCAAUAAAUACAACCUGUGACCAUGCACUUGUAGCCUGCGUAGCAGGCCCUCAGUUUAAUGGGGGCCUGAUUUGCAACGGGCAGGAUUUCGGCGGGCACGGGGAAGCCUCAAUCCUCCCCCGUGCCCGCCAAAAUCCUGCCCGUUGCAAAUCAGCCCCCCCCCCCCCAUAAAACUGAGGGCCUGCGACACAGGCUAAUGCACUUGUGACCUAUUUUGAAUGAAGAAUUUCAAAUUACAUUUUUCACAUUCCAUAUGUUAUCGAUGUAUAUUUGACUCUCUCACUCAGUCACUCUCUGCUUAUUUAGUGUUGAUUUAAUUAACAAACGAGGUAAACACGUUUGUCCAUUCAACAUCGUUGGCUAUGUUCGGUCAGUGUUGGCUGAUGUUGGUUUCAUCCAACAUCGUCCAACAGCAAAAUGCCUUAAAUAAGCAAAAUCAGACCAUUUAUUCAAAAUUGUUAUUAUACUGUAAUCUAAAAACAUGCAUAUUUUUUAGCCUGGCCUCGCACCUAAUCCUCCAAACAGAUUCCUUUGUCCUGGUUGUCUUGAAAACUUAAAUAAGGUACGUUUGACGUGGAGCAGAGUGAGACUGUGUAGCUUCAUAGACAGAACUGAAACUGUAGAGUCUAGAGUAGUAUAGAUUAUUGAGAUGAUGGGUUGAGACAUAUAAGGGCUUAUUAAAUUUCUUCCUAUGAUUUGGAGGAUUUGUGGUAAAUUAUAGAUAAUCUCUUUAAAAUGUUGAGAAAGCGAUAGAGGAUUGAGAGGUUAACAAAUUUCUUCCUCUAAUUUAAAAUUUUUAAACUUAUGUUGUUGCUGUAAUUCAGUAAAGUCAAACGAGGACAGAGAGUACCUAAGAGUUGGCAGAUACGCGACCUUGUUUAGCUGAAUAGCUGUUCUUAAUGAUUUCCCAACACUAUUGUGUAUUGAAACAUGCAUAAUUGAAACACUCAUUAAACAUAUAUUUUGUUAAUCUAGAGCUUGAAAUGUCCCCUGUUACAAUACGUGAUUGCCAACUCUCCCAGACGAAUAUUCCAACUCUCCCCAUUUCACCGGGAGUCUGCCGAAAAUUCAUACAAUCUCCUGGUCUUCCAAUUUUUAUCAAGUUUAUGGCAAUUUAUAGGAUCACAUAUAACAACAUCUUCCCAAAAUGCAGGAAAUGCCAUUUGAGAAGAUUUAAUUUUUAAAAUUUUUUACAGCGGAACAACCGAACAAGAUUUCAAAUCACUGAACAGUCUCCCCAAAUUUUACCUCCAGUAGUUGGAAUGUCUGCUCUUCUCAACUCAACUCUCGGCCAAGUCACAGUGUAAUAAGUCAAUAAAGUUUGGUUUUUUAAUCUUUUCUCAAAUUAGGCAUUAGGAAAUGGAGCGACAGAAGAAAAUAAAAAACUACGCAGAGAAAACGUCGAAACGAUCGAAAACGUCAGAAUUCAUUGUAUGAAGGGGGAUAAAGGUGACAAAGGGGACAUUGGGGUACCUGGAAGGCCAGGACCACAAGGACCUGAAGGGACAUGUGACAAAGAACAGGUACACGUACAGUGUCGGUUGUGAUUAAUGCUGACGACAGCAGAUGGUGGUCGACUUCAGAACUCAGUAUAUAAUAAAGCAAGAAACUACAUUUCUCAAUUUACGGCUUGCCUCCAAAUAAAAUGGUACUACAUAUAAUGCAAAUUAAUGAAUAUUUAGCAAAUUAUUUUCUCACUCUGAUAACUGGCAAUUGACCAUUAUCUGCUGCACGAUAGUGCUUAGUAAUUCGUAUUUAUUACACUGAUAAUCUGACGUGUAUGUGAUUGUCAAAUCCUCAUCGGUUGCCUAUAAUAAUUUGGCUAUGAUUUUUAGCGAAUGCGUUUUGUCAUGCUGAGAGAAAAAUAUUGGCUUUUGGUAAUUUUUGUAAAACAUGCCGUUGUUUCAUUACGUUUGUAACAGAUUGAAGCUGUUGUGAAACCACUGCAAACUAAACUGGAAGCCUUGUUGUCUUCAUACACCACUGAGGUAUCAGCUUGAUAUUUAUCAAUUUGUUUUGAAAGAAGGUGGAGAAUUAGAAUUGAACAUUUUUUCUUUUCAGAUUGCAAGACUUAGAAACGAAGUUUACUCUAUCAAAUCAAGUAAGUCUGCAACGUGAUAGUCCAGGGUUUUUUAGGGUUCUUAAAUCCCGAGUCCAAUACUCGCUAUCCCCGAUGUUUUCCGAAGACCAGAACAUCUCGUAUCCCACCAUAACGAUCCUUUUUAUCCGGUCAUUACAAAUUACCAAUAUAAACACGUAAGUCCCACAAAACCUAUUUUGAAUUUAAGCUCUGUUCCGUACUGUGCCUUCAAAAUAUACAGCAUUUUUACCUUUCUUUCAUUUUUAGAAUUUGUUCACACAAUUGGUUCCGAAGAAAAUCCAGCCAAGUCUUGCAAAGAAAUUUAUGAACAAGAAAGGUGCGUAUGAAUACAAAAAAGAUUCAGGCCUUUCAUGAUCAAAACAGUUUGUUAAUUACCCGUUUGAGAAUUGUGAUAUGAUCUAAAAGUUUCUUUUAAUAGUUAAUCUUAUUCUUGUUCUCUAGAUAUUCGCCAAGUGGAGUGUAUUUCUUGAAUAUAACAGGAAAACUGGGAGGGUUAACUAGGGUCUAUUGUUUCAUGGAGGAAGACGAAACGUGUCCUGCAGGGUCCACACUAGUCCUCAAAAUAGAUGGUACUAAGGUAAGAACAGAACGAGGGGCAGGAAUUUAGUAAGAACAGAACGAGGGGCAGGAAUUUAGGAAAUACACAAUAAUAAAAUUUUUUGGAGGGUGGGGUCCUUUACCCCUAUGAACGGAGGGCAUUUCUACGAAGCUCUAGAUAUGGACAGAGAGUUAUUUCCCUGAAAAGGACUUGGCUCAACUAGCUGUGGGACAAGGUAUCUGGGCACCAUAAUUAAAAAAAAAACCCAAGUUCUCCUUUACUAAAAAAUAGACUUUUUUCUUUGUCUGAUUGUGAACCUAACCAAGCUUCAACAUUAACACUCUGGUUAGCAUCAGGUUGAAUUUCCUUAUUAAACGAAAAAUUAAAUUAUAACACAAUUUGGUUAAUUUUCCUGGUAUUCAGUUUUGAACAGAUUCAACCAGGAAUCUUGGUUGAUCUGACCAAAUUGGUCACGUGGUUAGAACUUCACUCUGGGUACAAUUAAACCGUGUGUUGUAUGUAUACUAAAACGUCCAAAUAUUUUAAACAGGACACUUUCAAAUAUUCCUCUCCUUUGUGGGCAAACAAAGAAGUUUACGCGGAAGAAAAUGGCCUCGCGCUUUUCGACACGAAGGAAACUAAAUCGGCCUCGUUUUGGAGCGUGCCUUUCACAAAAAUUUGCAUCAACAUGCGAAAAUUAGAUUCCUUAGAAGUAGCAUCGCUGGUAAUCGACGAAACUUCGACUUCACUUUACGAUCUUAUAGCAGAUGGAAAAUACCGAGCCACGAAAGGAGGGCGGGAAAUUUGGGAAUCUUUACUUCCUGGUUCCCAGGUCCAGCGUGGUUGCUUCCUGGAGGGGUUUAACGCGCAUGGCAUACAAGAUGGAUCCGCUGGCGCACGUAUUGGAGUGAUCGCAAGCGACCAAUCAAAUUGCACGUCGCCUGAUUCGUUCAUUGGGUUUGGCACGGAAGGUGGGUCAUGUGAUAGCAGCAGGAAAAUCUCUUGUGGGAACGAAUCUGGCACUUGCAAUACUGACGCAGAUAAAUAUACCUCGGCUUUUGGGUAUAUCUUUGUUUAUUAAAUGGAGAAUAUUCUGUUAGCCACGGAAUUGUUAUAAUAGUUAGGUCUGUAAGUUAGGAAUAGAAUUGUGAAUAAUUGCUUAUUAAUGAAGAUUAUACUUUAGGAGAUAUAUAUAAUUUAGGACAUACAGUAUAUUUUAAAAAUAAGUUUAAAAAAUCUAGGAUACAAUCAGAGUAUAAUACAUAAUACACAAAAAUUAUAGGAUAUUUAGGUUGUAUACUUUAUAUAAUUUAG